CAUGUCCGGGCUCAGAAGUCACCUGACUAUGAGGCAUGAUAUAAACGCAGUGAACGCACCCACCCUGCAUUGCAGUGCUCAGAACCAGGCGCCUGUCGAAUUCAUACAGUCGCUAGAACAAGAAGAGCGUCAACCGGACAUAAACAGCACAGUCAUGCUGUACCUCGCUUUGUUUUUCAUCUCCGCAGCUGUCGCCACCCCUCUGUUGGGUACUGAACAGUGUGCCCGUGGUCCUCCCUACUGGUGCCAAAAUGUGAAGACUGCCUCUAUCUGUGGCGCCGUAGUCCACUGCCAACAGAACGUAUGGAACCAACCACAGAUGAAAUCUGUGCCAUGUGACCUGUGUAAGGAGGUGUUGCUUGUGGUGGACCAGCUGCUGAAAGACAACGCUACUGAGGGUGAGAUCCUGGGCUACCUGGAGAAGGCCUGUACCUUGAUCCCUGACAAGGAUCUGUCUGCACAGUGUAAGGAGAUGGUAGACAGCUACUACCCUAUCCUCAUGGGGAUCAUCACUGGAGGACUGGAGGAUCCCCAGGUGGCGUGUGGCGCCAUGGGGUUGUGUGCCUCUCAGCAGGCAGCUCUGGCCAGGCUGGCUAAGCUCAUGUCCAACCAGAUCCCCCAGCUCACGACCAACGAGAUCCCCCAGGUAGACCUAGCCCAGAGGGUCGCCCCCUUCCUCCUCAACGUCCCUGGGCUCCUUUACCCUCAGGCGCAGGAUAACACCAAGCAGGAACCUGCCGCAGCACAGGAGACUGGAGAUGUGUGUGAGGACUGUGUGAAGUUCAUCACAGACACUCAGGAGGAGGCGAAGAGGAACUCUACCUUUGUCAACGCUCUGAUCGAGCAGAUCCAGGACCAGUGUGACAUGCUGGGACCUGGCAUCUCUGACCUGUGCAAGCAGUACGUCAGCCAGUACGCUCCUCUCAUCGUCCAGCAGCUGAUGUCCAUGGAACAGCAACCCAAGGAAAUCUGUGCCUUUGCUGGCUUUUGCUCUGCUGAUGUGAAGAGCUCUGUCCCCAUGAUGAAGCUGGUGGCUGCCAAAACCAUCCCCGCUGUCAAACUGUUUCCUGCCACUAAGAUGGAGGCUGUCAAGCCUGCCAAGAACAUGGUGCGUGCCCGGGACUCCCCCCAAUGUGCCUUAUGUGAGUUCAUGAUGAAGGAGAUGGAGAGCAUGCUGGAGGAUGAGAAGAUGGAGCAAGAUGUGGUGCGUGCUGUGGAGAAGGUGUGCUCUGUGCUGCCUUCCUCCCUGUCGGUCCAGUGUAAGGACCUGAUUGAGGCCUACGGCCAGGCCAUCAUUGAGCUGCUGGUACAGGAGGCCGACCCUAAGACUAUCUGCAGCGUGUUGGGGCUCUGCAAGGACGCUAGCCGCGCCUUCAUCCCGGUGCUGGACCAAGCCAAGGUUGAGGCGGGUGGGUUCUGUGAAGUGUGUAAGGUGGCUGUGCAGUACAUCGACGGUAUCCUGGAACAGAACGCCACAGAGGCACAGAUCGAAGACGCAGUCAGGAAAGUCUGCAGCUUUGUCCCAGAGGCCGUGAGGAGCGAGUGUGACCAGCUGGUUGAGCAGUAUGAGCCCAUGCUGGUUCAGCUCCUCCUGCAGAUGUUGGACCCUGACUUUGUCUGCAUGAAGUUGGGGGUAUGUCCUGAGGCAGUGCAAAGGCUUCUGGGUAUGGAGCAGUGUAGCUGGGGACCCGCUUUCUGGUGCAAGGACAUGGACUCCGCGAAACGCUGCAACGCGGUGGCACACUGCAGGCGUCACGUGUGGGAAUAGAGUGGAGAAGAUCUACCUAAACAUUCGGACCCUUUAGGAAAUUAAGGAGAAACACUAGCGCUGCUUAAGUUUUAAAUCAAUAAAUUGUCACUUUUUUUGUUUGUUCUUUAAACACGUGGAAUUUAAAGUUUUGAUAAUGAAUUUACCCAGGCAGGUUUGAGGGAAGGGAGURGAUACCUUUUCAGUUAAUGUGGGGGGAAGAGGUGGUGUUGGGGCUUUGAGAGGGAAGCUACCUACCUGACUGUUACUGGGACAAACCUCCAAACUGAUACUGUACUGAUUAUUUUAAUAUACCUGGUUUGUGUAAAGCUCUCAUUAGAAAGAUUUCACAUGUUAAGCACGGGAUGCAUCUUAGUCCAAGAAUCAGGCCCAUUUUUUUUAAUGUGAAGCAGACCGGGUGAGGAGAUUCUGUGAAAGCGUGCUUGGAUACCUCCAGUUGAGUCUUAGUGGGUUCUUUGACCUCUUGCCUACUCUUUACCUUACCUUACCACCAUCCCUUGCAGUGACUGCAAAUGGAGGAACCUGCUCGGACAGUAUAUAUCGUACCUUUUCUGGGAUGUUUUCUGUUUAACGAAGUCUGUCAUCUCCUU